CAAUUUCAUAAAAAACAAAUUAAUUGCAUUAUUGCGAAUUAUUUAUAAUAAAGAGUCAUUAAAACAUCAUUAAGCAUUUCAGAAAAGUACGUAUCAUAUAAAUAACUAAUAACAAGACAUAACAAAACAAGAUUGAUAUUAAGACAUUCAUCUUGAUGACAAGAAAUAUUAAGACGAAUGAGUUCCAUAUAAGGUAUAUUUUAUACACAGCUUAAUUACACUUUACAAUUCGUUAAACAAGUCCAUAUCCUUCUGUUCUGAAGACUUUAAGAGAUCAUAAUGUACACCGUAGAAAAUAAAACUGUAAUCAUCACUGCAAUGUAACGUAAUAUUUGAAGGAAGUAUUAUUUGUUACCUUAUCGUUUCUCUUACUCUCAAUAAAACAAGAUAAGAUGUGACGAUAUGUUGGUUAUAUUAUAUUACUUUGUGCACAGUAUUAGACAGUACUACACAAUUAUCAUUCAUUGAGGUUCACAUCUCAUUGAAGCUUCAAGAGAUAAGCAAAAUGUACAACGUAGAGAAUAAAACAGUGAUGAUCACUGGAGCAGCUCGCGGAUUGGGCUAUAAGUAUGCCGAAAUAUUACUUCGCAAUGGUGCAAAAUGUAUUGCCAUAGUCGAUUUCUCAAUAUCGGACGGACAGAAUGCAGCGACGACGUUGGAAAACGAAUUUGGAAAGGGUCGUGCCAUCUUCUAUGCCUGCGACGUGACGAAGGCAGAAGACUUGGAAAAAACAUACAAGAACAUUGUUAACUCAUUUGAGGGGCUUGAUAUUAUUAUUAACAAUGCUGGUAUAUUUAAUGACAAACUCUGGGAGCGGACGAUCGAAGUCAAUAUCAAGGCGCUGAUACAUAGUUCCUUUUUGGCAAUGGAUUACAUGGGGAAGCAUAAGGGUGGCAAAGGUGGUAUAAUUGUGAACGUUGCAUCCGCACUUGCAUUAUACCCAAAUGGUGUCUUCGGGCCAGUAUAUACCGCUUCGAAAUACGCCGUUCUUGGAUUUAGUCAGAUUCUAGCAAAUAUGUAUGACAAAACUGGAGUAAGAGUUCUUAUUAUGUGUCCCGGCCUUACGGAGACCAGAUUUGCUGAAAAUAUGUCAGAUAGAACCUGUGAUCUUGUUCAUGAUACACUAGGUAACAUCAACGACUUAAUUGAUAAGAUUACAAGCCAGUCCACCGUUCACGUAGCACUUGCGAUGCUAGAUCUUAUUCAAAAGGGUAAAAACGGAGCUGUUUGGGUCAGUGAAGGUGGUGAGCCAUCUUACGCCGUAGAUUUUAUUCAUUAUUCCAAACGGUCUCUACCCGUAUAAAAAUUAUAUUUGAUAACUUGUUUUCUUUUAUUUUUUUUUCUUCAUUGAAAUAAUGUUUGCUAGAUCUUAUAUCAGUUAUGUAUUUCAAAUUAUGUCAAAUUUAAAAUAAAUUUAUUCAAAAUAAAUAUGAAAGAAAAAUGUAAAAGAG